UAAAUUAUUAAGUAAAAAAAGAUGUACAUGUACUCAGUAUGGUUAACAUUGCUGGGUAUAGGGGUGGGCGUCGCCGGCAGCAAUACCGCAAACACAACGUGUACAAUGGAAAUGUUUGGUGGUGACUUUAAUGCAUAUAUGGCUUGUAAAACUCAGUUUGCUCUACAGUCAAAUUGGUGGCCUUCUCCUAUAGCUGGAUUAUUUAGUUACCAGGUAUGGAAUGGUUAUGAUGGCUUCUGGGAAGAUGGCAUCGCUCUAGAAACAUUUACAAAUUUCAUUGCAUUCGUAGGAAACAACACGCGUUACCAAGACGUGAUAAAAUCUUCCGUGCGUGAACUCUAUUCUCUUUUAGAGGCCUAUGGACCGUAUCCAUCGUUUGACGACAUGGCGUGGUAUGCACUUAGUUAUGUGCGGAUUUACGAAGUAUUCGGAUGGGACGAAUUUCUCAAAAGUAGUAUAGAAGUAGAUGAUUGGUUGUGGAAAACAUCAUGGGAUAAGACCAGUAACUGCAGCGGAGGGAUGUGGUUUGACUACGACUUUAGGCAAAAAGUAUCAAUCACAAAUCUAGAGUGCAUUGUAGUGGCUGGAAAAUUGUUUAGAGCUACAAAGAAUGUCAAAUAUCUUAUACACAUGAAAAAGCUAUGGAACUGGGUUACAGAGAAUGGAAUUAUUGACAACACCACGUACUUGGUACAUGAUGGGGCUUUGAAUAAUUGUACGGGAAACAAUUUUUUCGGACCAACCUACCUCGGAGGAACAUUAAUCGGUGGUUUAGUGGAGUUUUAUAAAAUAUAUAAAAAGGAGUCUUACUUAGAUCUCGCAAACAAAAUAGCACAGGCUGAGAUUCGUAACUCCACGAAUAUGUUUACUGGUACACUUACUGAAUGGUGUGAACCUAAUUGUAAUGAUGAUGAGAAAAUGUUCAAAGGAAUAUUUAUCCGAAAUCUCCGCUAUCUAAUGGACGUUUUAAAAGAUCCGAAACAGAGACAAGAAUAUCAGGAAUAUUUGGACUUAAAUAUACAAGCGAACCUGCUGUAUAAUAUGUGCGAUAAAGUUCCGAUACAUGAAUGUAAUAUCACAUUUAAGGAUGGUCCGCCAUUUUAUAACGUGUCUGGUCCCUUAUUUUCUCCGAACUGGAACGGACCAUUUACAGUUGGUGCACCAAUGCAGCAAACAGCUGCUUUAGAUCUCUUCAUUGCAGCAAUCAAACCUGGAACGAAUUGUACCGGGGAAUACUGUAAUUUCAGUCCAAAUUAUCCGAAACCACAACCACUGACUUGCAAAGAUUACCCAUGUCCAAAAGAUCAGCCCUGUUGUCAAUACACCAGUACCUCAUAUACAUGCUGCACAUCCGAUCAGAAAUGUUUAAGUGGAAUAUGUACUUAAAUUAA